AAAGUGGCAGCCAUGGAAACCGUUUGACGCUAGACAUGGCGCGGUGGCUGCUCUGCUAAUACGCUAAAAGAAAGCUAGCACCGCUAGCAUCUGUAAAAACGCCACAUUUUGUCAAUAUUACGCACGUAAAGUCGACGUUGGAGACAGCUAGAUGGACAUUACCUAACAAGAGCAAUAUGUUAUUCACCUCAAUUUGUUUUGUGUGAAUGUUUGCUCACUUUAGAUCACUCGGUUAGCAUCUUCGCUAGCUUUAGCAUCACUGAUGGCUUUCUAUGAAGUGUACUCUCAUCCGGCUCUGGUCCGGUACCGAACCAGCGUUUGUACAAAGGCCACCCUGUUCCUGGUGGUUGUCCUGUGCCUCACAUACAUCGCGCCUCUGCUGGUCGCUUACAGAAGCCAAGGUUUCUGGGUUAAGAGAAAAACUUAUGAAGAACAGCCAGUGGUGAGAUUCCAGUACCAAACCCUGCUGUUCGCAGCCACCAGUUUACAAGGAGAUUACGUUGCCUGGAGCACGUUUCCUCAUCUCAACAACAUGCUUGGCACCAACCUAAGGAUUCCUGCCGUCUCUGUGAGAGAAGAGGACCAGAACCAAGAUGGGAAGUUGGACCUAUUGACAUUUCAGCUGCAGCUUCCUCUGAAAUCUGAUGAACAUGUAUACAGUAUUCAGCUGCUGCUCACCUUCAGCUACCAGCUCUUUCGGAAGUCCACUGUAGUGAUGCAGAGCCUUGCGUUUGUGCAGCACUCGUCUCCGGUGCCCGGAGCGAAGAUGUUCAUCAGUGGAGACCUGAGGCUGCAGCAGAGGGUUCCUCUGCCUCACAAGGGGCUCCACAACAUUUACAACGUCUCAGUGAUCGACGGCGCCAGCCUUUUUGCAAGUUCAUAUGACCUGAUCAACAUCAUGAGGAGCUACCAGGAGAGAAACUUAUCGACGGUGCUGUCCAGUCCAGUACUGGUCUGGACUGUGGGUCGAGCUGAUGGCUCCCCCUUUGAGCUGAAUGCUGAAAUCCGUUAUCCCUUGGAGAUCAUCAGCUAUCGGCCCGGCUUUUGGGAAACCAUCAAGUUUGCCUGGAUCCAGUAUGUCAGCAUCCUCCUAAUCUUCCUUUGGGUCUUUGAACGCAUCAAGAGAUUUGUUUUCCAGAACCAGGUCAUCAGAACCGCACCCAUACCUGUGGGAAAACCUCACUUUUCCUGAUACAGGGGUAAUGUGUUUUCUAUAGGUGUAGACUAUAUGAAAUUUUCUCAAAUGGCUCCAUAUUUUUGAUAUUGUUCUUUUUUAACUUCAUAAUCUAACUAAAUGUUAAAUGAGAGAGUUGAUCCGUCCAGGACUUUUUAUGGCGUUGUUAUGAGAACACAUACACAAGUAAAAAAGAUUUUCAUUAGUGAGAAUGAAUUUGACACCAAGAAUAACAUGUAGUGAGACCAGAACUGAAUAGAUAAAUUAAUUUUGCAUACUUUUGCUUCUCAAACUGCUGUUUCCGGGCAACACUUAUAAAAGCAUUAUAAGUCUGCUCCGAUAUCACACUUAAAAGAACAAGUUGGUGUCAAGAGACACGACUUCCUUCUUAUGUAAGAAGGAAGUAAUAAAUUUUAACUACUCAUUUCCCUGCAUGGGUUAAUUUAUUGCUGCGUCUGUGAAGUCGGUCUAAACAUCCUGAAAGGCUUUUUUCCUGUAACAGCACGACCCAGAUGACUCUCAUUGAAUACCCAUUAGAUUAAUUUCAGAAUCUAAAACUUAUGGACGCAGGACAGAAAGUUGUUUCUGUUUGUGCUGAUUAAUCAGAGAGCUGAUUAGACUUUUCUUUGUAAAGGAAAACUUACAAGGAAAGCACAUUUAUUGUCUUAUAGAGUUCUAUAGUUUUUUCUGUGUAGUAACCUAAUAAACCUUUUUUCUAGAAGAUAAUUCUUCUUCUUUUUCUGCUGUUUCAUAGCAUUUGAAGUGUAGGGAUUUUGUGAAUUGUCUUUAUUUUUGCAACUUGAAUGUUAUAUGUUUUAAAACAGUUUGUGAUAUAAAUAAAAUUGAUUAUUUUGUACAGUGUAUGCAGCAGCUUUGGUGGACCCAUAGGUUUCUUUCUUUGUCUUUUCUCAUUAAUUCAAAUACAUUUUUUGUAUAUUUGCGUGAAACUGGGUGUUUAAUAGUUUAAUAUUUUUCCAGGUAACUACAUAAAGGAUAGUUAUAACUAUUUUUUUGUAAUUCCUUAAACAAUCAUUUAAUAAUGGCAAGAUGACUUGUUUUUUAAACUGUUAAAUUUAACAUUUUGUUUCCACAAGUAUUUGGAAAUUGGAACUUUUGCUCGUUUUGUCUUCACCUCACCUCACUUCCUUUCUUCCAUCCAUUCAUCCAUUCAUCUCUUGUCUUUUGCUUUUCUAAUAGCAGGUUGUGUGGAUUGCAGCUCGAGGAUGAACAUUAUUUGCAAUAGUUGUCUCUAUAAAGUCUGCAAGGGAACUAAGAUCAAGGGAGGUAAAGGUGGAGGCGCUGCCAAGAACCGUAACUUCAGUUUUCUUUUCAUUGAAACUCAAAUUGUUUAAGGACGUCCAAACCCAAAUCUCGUCAAGACAGUCCAGUAAACAACAGACCGAAGAGGCGUCCUUUCUGCUGAGGCAGGUAACUUUGCACAUCAUUCGCAUAACAGUGAAAGUGUAUACCAUCCUACCUAAAAAUGGAGCAGAGAGGAAGCAGGUAGAGAAGGAAAAAAACAGGGACUUAUGAUUGAGCCCUGAUGAACUCCAAAAGGAAGACAUGUGAGGAUGCAGAUCUACCAAAGCCGACACCGAAUGUACGCCCAGACAAAUGGGACCUGAACCCUUCCAGAACCAAGCCCCUCACACCCACCCACUGCUGUAAGCGAGAGAUUACAACUCCAUAGUCCACUGUAUCAAAUGUGACUGUCAAGUCUUAAAGCACAAGAACAACACAGUUACCAAAAUCUGUGGCGAAAUGAAUACUAAAACUUCUCAAAAGCCUGACUGAAAAUCUGCUGGGAUUUUAUGAGGCCUAGCACUUUGUUGGAGAGUUGCUGUCAUUGCAAAACACUUCAGCCACUGUAGUGCCACCAAAUGGUGCCUCCUCUGCACUAAUUUAAAUGUGUGUCGCCCUUACCUCCAAUGUUCACUACUGAAUGUUCUUGUCUUUAUGAGUCUAACAGUAGAAGCUUGGAGAAAUCUACAUUAGUCAUUUGUAAGCCCAAAUUGAAUUCUUUAUAUCAAUAGCUUUUAGGACUUAAGAGGUAGAAAUACAUCCUUCUCUAAAAAUUCAAAGAAACAAUAAUGUUCUGAAUUAGCUUUGAAAAUUUAAAAGAUUUAGAGCUGGUGGAAAAAAUGUUUUUAUAAAAAAACUUGAUACAUGUGUAACCAGGCACUGUGAUGAUGCGUACAGGUAGCAGCAUAUUAUCGGCUGCUCUGUUGCGGUAAUAUGGAGCCUGUCAACAAUACAUACGGUUAAAAUUAAAGUUUUAAAUUAA